UAAAUCAAUCGACAAUGUUAGAUAUGAGGCAGUAGAAUCCGACACCUCUUAUAUGUUGGCUCUAUCUGACGAGACAGUAACAACUAGUCAUUCUGAGUAUGCUGACAAAUACGCAGUAAAAGUUGCUAACGCGAUAGUUAAUCCUGACAUAUGUUCUAUGGAAUUAAGACAAGCGGCAACUGGAGCGAGGGUGGGUGGUCUUGGAUUGUUAGCUCUUGGUGCCUUAGCAGCACCAUUUAGUUUCGGUGGUAGCCUUGCUUUGACUGGUGCUGUGGCUGCAGCAAUGGGAACAGAAGCCGAGGGAAACAUUAUAGAACGUGGAGCACGGAAAGUGGCCGAAAAUGUAUGCAAGUGGAGUAGCGAAGUCUAUGAGGAAAAAUUCGCAAGACAACAAGAACAAACAAUAUUUCCAGAAUCUAUUAUUAAUCUUCAAUCGAUUGGGGAGAAUAAUAGAAAUAGGGACGGCUCCUCGGAAAUUGUUGCGCGGUCUGGCGAAGAAUUAUUUAGAACGCCAGAAAUAAGAAUUGCGGCCCAAGAGAUGGGAAAUCUUGCACAACGGAACGGAGGAGAAUUUGAAUGUAGAAUAGAGGAAAGAAGC